CCAUGUUCAGCAUCAAAGAACCUUACACAUGUGCACAGACUUUUACCUUUUACUAUGUACUUAAUUAAUUAUUUACCUUUUACUUCACUUUUCUUAAUUAUUCCAACCAACAUGAUCCUAACAAAAACAAAAAGAAAACCAACAAUGUUUCAUGUCACCAUCAAUCUUACCACCUUACUUACCUUCCCAAUCCAAUUGUCGUUCAUAAUUUCCCUCUCAACCAAACUCAUCCUUUUUCUUUCUCUUCUCUCUUCUCUCUUCUUCUUCUUCUUCUUCUUCUUCCAUUUUUCACCACAACUUUUACUUAACCCAAACCACAUCUCAUUCAAUUUUUUUGCCUCACUUUCAUAUAUUCAGAUCCUUUCACCUUAA